AUGUCUGCUUCUCAUUCGACAAGCCCGCGAGCUCGACUUCGUGAUGUCGUGCCAUCCGUCUUCUUGGGCUCUUGGCCUCCGGGACCCAAGAAUGGCAUCACAGACGUGCCCGGAGUUCGCGCCCAUACACAAUCCAUUCAUUCAAUGGACGGAAAUGUAAAUACGGGAGUCACCACCAUCAUCCCACGCGAUGAAUGGUUCCGCAAGGCUUGCUACGCAGGCAUCUUCCGCUUCAACGGCUCCGGCGAGAUGACGGGCACGCAUUGGAUCGAGGAAACGGGUCUCCUGCACUCACCCAUCGUCCUCACCAACAGCUUCGCCGUCGGCCAGGCGUACACUGGAAUCUACCAGCAUGCGCUGAAGAACUACGUCGGAGACGACGGCGAGGUGGGCUGGUUCCUGCUCCCCGUCGUCGGCGAGACCUUUGACGGCCAUCUCAACGACCUGAGCGUGUUUGCAGUCACUCCGGAGCACAUUGUAAAGGGCCUGGAGGAGGCGAGCAGCGAUCCGGUACCGGAGGGCAACACGGGCGGCGGCACCGGGAUGAUCUGCCAAGGUUUCAAAGGCGGCACCGGCACCAGCAGCCGCGUCGUCCCCGGGGCCACCGAGGGCUCGACGUACACCGUCGCCGCGCUGGUGCAGGCCAACUACGGGCGGCAGCGGCACCUCCGCGUCUCGGGCGUCCCCGUCGGGCGCAUCAUCGCCGACGCCGACGACGCGGCGGCCGCGGCGGCCGGGCAGACCGAGGCGCCCCGGAACGCGGCCGACGAGUCCAAGGCGACCAAGGACGGCUCCAUCAUCGUGGUGAUCGCGACGGACGCGCCGCUGCACCCGACGCAGCUGCAGCGCGUGGCCAAGCGCGCGACCAUCGGGCUGGCGCGCGUGGGCGGCUACGGGCACAACCCGUCCGGCGACAUUUUCCUGGCCUUUUCGACGGCGAGCGAGGUGCCGGUGCAGACGGUCAACGCCAACGCGCGCAGGGUCGACCCGUUCAAGCUGGCGGCGCUGGACGGCGGCGAGACGGCGGCGGCGGACGACCAGACGAUCAACGCGCUGUUUGAGGCGACGGCGGACGCGACCGAGGAGGCCAUCUACAACGCGCUGUGCAUGGCGGAGACGAUGGUGGGAAACAGAGGGCACAGGAUCGAGUCGCUGCCACUGGACAGGUUGAGGGAGGUCAUGGAUAAGUACCACUACGGGGGAGUUGAAAGCAAAGCAUAG